AUGUCCAGCAAUGCAAGCCAAGGCACCGACUCCCCUCCGCUGCCACGUCCGGUUGGCGGGAUCACUGCAGCGGCCGACGUCAGCUUCGCGAAGUUGAACAAUGAGCACCACGCCGAGUCAAGCUCUCCGGCUGGGUCGAGGAGUUCCUUGGGCAGACGGAGCCACAACAACGACAAUCGAGUCAACGACAGCGGCAAGCGACGGAGCGGGCAAGACUCGCUCAGGCCAGAAGACAGCAGCAGUCGCGGCAGCACACCGCAGAGAUCCAGGAAAUCGGGCGGAUUUCUGCUCGAGUCCAUCUUCACCAAUGGAAAGCUCCAGGGCCCCCAGUCCGAAGCAGUCGAUCGCCAGAAGAACACAUCUUUGCCCAAUGGAUCAAUACAGGCUGACAAGAGGAGACGCGGCCAGGAAAGGGUAUCUGGCGAAUCGUCCCAACGAGCUUCGCCCUUGUCGCGAGAAGUGUCUCGUGACAACCCGGCCAGUGAGAAGGCGCCUCGGCCAGAGUACCUCCAGUCUCCAGGCAUGGACACAGCGCAGCUCGUGCAGAUGGCGCUCAAUCUCAGCGAGAGCAGGAAACGUCAUGUGAGCAGCGCUCUCCCGGUUACAGCCACGCCUGCAGCAGGCAGACGUAUAGUCUCGGCGCUGGACUCUGGGUACAGCACAGUCAGGUCUGCCUCGUCAACUGGUAAGCGCAGUAGCCAGACCAACGAUGGGGCCUUGUAUCCGUCUCCAGACGCUCGAAGGCUUAGCCAGUAUGUCAACGAGCAGCCAGAGACUGGCUUCGACCAAGAAAAUGUUCUCUACACGUUCUCACCGGCAACCCUGUCUCGAGCGGAGCGAGCCCGCCGGUAUUUCGAGCUGGCCAGUGAGCACCGACGACUGCUGCAGAACUUGCCGCCGUUGAAGUCGGACAGUACAGCGCCGGUUAACUACACCACUCAAGCCAUGAGCAGCCCGGGGAGUGCCAACUUUGAGAUGAGCAGAGUCCCGACUAACACAAACAGCAAACGCGAACUCGGUCGCGCAUACAAUCCGUUGCAGGCACUUCGUAACAGGCGACUGCGCAAUAGAGAAAGACGCCCGCUUCCAGCAUCGUCUGACACCUGGCAGGAGACUGACAGAAUCAAGCACUGGGUUGAUGGCGUCGAAGCGAGCUCAAGUGACCCGUCUUUCCGACCUGGUGAGGAUCGUGUCCGGCUACCUGCCUUCGUGGGUGAAAUGGAAACUGGACCAGCCUCACCGGAGAAAGGCAAACGCCACCGAAGAUCGGAUACAGCGAGCUCUGUGAUUACGCGACCGGAGAAUGGCUGGUCGAUUGAGCCAGCGGAGCUACUUGCUGAUACCUACUGGCUCGAGAAGGCCGACAACAAGACAGUCGUCGAGGACAGGCAUGGAAACCGCAUCUUCCCGCCGCGAGUUCGCUCAAGCAUCGAAGUGCCUCGCCACAGCAUCGAAUCUCGGACGAGUCGCCAGUCUAAUGGGGAUAGGCCAAGUCAGUACGAGCCGUCGGAGGACGAAGAAAGACCCCGAGCACGCAGGAGACAUAUGUUGCCUAUACCAAGACGACUACGUCGACAUCACGUCAGUCGUUCUGUCAGCGCCACCAGCGAGUCUAGCGACGAGGGACGCAAGCCGCCCCCUCUACGUUAUGGGGAUAUUGAGGGCGGUGACGAGAAUGUUGGACCGCUGGAGCGUCACAUGCGAAGAAUGAUAGCGAAAGAGGAGAAAGGCGAGCUGCCAUCGCCUGAGAUCGUGUCGCCAGACCACUGGAAGUCAAAACAUACCCCAUUCCCAAACGCGCGAAGCAGCGUCGACAGGUCACGAAAUAGUACUGACACGACGCAUCGUAGUUCGUCUCAGGUUGCUAAUGGUAGAUUGUCUGUGGACACUGCUGUGCGGGCUGGCCAUCAUCGAUCAGGAUCUUCCCACAGCCGGGCCAGUUCGGUAGAUCAAGGGCUGACUUCUUUGAAUGAGAGGAUGUCAGAUAGGCCUCCCGCGCCGCGGGCUACAGAUGAGGAUAUCUCGAUGCAGCAAGAUUCUACAGGCCUCACCAAGCGAGGCUUGCAAGCCGAACCCAAGGCCAAGAAGCACCGCCUCCCAGCAUUACACUUACGCACUCGCAACAAAAGUAAAGAUGGCAACAAGAUUGAACGAACCGAUUUUGCCAAUACCAUGGAUACAUAUGUUGGAAACCCACUCUCGCCAGUCCUUAGUGCAGACUCUAGUACAGGUCAGCCCCGGUCCAGUUUCGAGUCAUCCAGGCCCUUUCUGAGGCGACACCGUACAAACGAUAGUAAUGGCAGCAGUCUGUUCCGUAUGGAGACCUCGGCCACAAAUCUGGGAGCCUUCAAGGACUCGAGCUCAAUGUUUGGCCGACGCUUCUUCAAAAGCAGCCGCGUCGGAGAUGUGUCACGCGGCAAUGGACGUCGAUUGGACGACCGCUUUCGUGGAAGUCGCGACCAUCUCGAGCCGGGUGUUGCCUCCGACGUGUCGCGGGCGGCUUCUGACGCUGAGGAUGACCCUCAGGGCGUUGCUCAAGGUCGACGAAUGGAGCGUGCAGAUACGGAUAGCCAGAUCAGUCCGAGGUUAUCCUUUGAACGAGAACGCACGAAGCCGAAGUUUUACACAUCCAACUUGCCUUCCUUCACAUCUCCCGCAGCGCGCCAGAGAAGCUCAACGAACGAGAGUUCAUCCAUGGAACAGGGCGAUCCAUUCGCCAGACAGGGGGGGCGCAAGCAGCGAGGCCAUUCGUCACGUCUUGCUCCAAAGAUUCAACUUCCAGACGAUGGACUCUCGGAACCAGACCUUCCGAGUGGCAAAUCAAAUCGAUUCUUGGACGUCGGUGAGCACGAUCGGAGAAAGUCACUAUCACAGAACAACCUGUCUCAAGUCCCUACCAAAUCAACGACAAUCUCAUACGGGAAGCAAAAAGAUCGCUGGCCAGUAAGUGGUCUGAAGAGCCACGACGCCAGAAGGCAUUGGAGCAUCUCAGACCGUUCCGUUCCCCCAGAGCAGCAGCGUAAUGUUUCGCACGCGGACAUUGCGAGAGUCCGAGCCCUUCUCUUAGCUUCGGGUAUCAAGGCUCACCAGAUCAACCUGCAAGGGAAUUCAUCUCGCGACAGUCCCCUUCCGCUGAUGGUGAAAGCAGCCCAUACAGCUGGGCAGCAGUGGAGAGAUGUGUCGAGGAAGGAAGAGCACAUCGUUGCUGCACAAUUGUUGACAACUAGCCUGUUCUCGACACUCUCUUCCUUCGAGCAUACGCUGCAGCACUUCCAAGGCAGCACGGCGAAAGAGCUCGGGUCACGACUGGAGAGCCUAUCUCAUAGGGUCGCGGAGCAGCUGACAAAGAUCGUCCACGAGGCUUCCGACGAUGCUGACGCGUUCAAUGUCGAGCUUACGACGAAGCAGCCACAGGAGGUGAAGCGCGUCGACGAAGCAGUAGAUGCAAUGUUUCGGCAGCGACGGCGACAGUUUCGGCUCGUGCGGCGAGCUGGCUUUAAGCUUCUUGAGUGGAUUGUACUGGGCAUCAUGUGGUGGAUUUGGUUCAUGGUCGUCUUGGUCAACAUAUUGAAGAAGAUCGUGAUUGUUCUUUUGGCGGGGUCCAGGCAAGCAACGGCGCGCCACAGCUAUCAAGACAAGCAACUGCACCCAUCAACCACAAACCACGACAAGAUUGUCACACGUCCACCGCCAAACAUCAUGGCUUCGGGCAGCAUCACCUCGAAGCUGUCACAGCUCGAAGGUUCGUCUGCACAGAAUCGCAGCGAAGAGUACGAGAACAUCCUGAGCAGCAUAUGCGCGAGCAACGACAACCUAGCGGAGAAUCUCGUGGCCUACGUGCAGUCCAUCACCUCAGACAACAUCGGCGUCAUCAACUCGAGACCACUCCUGUCGAGCUUUGUGCAGCGAUUUCGCAGCCUGAGCAACAACGACGUCAAGAUCGAAGCAGGCACCCGGAUCGUGGAAAUACUUGCACCAAAGAUUGUUUCGUACGAGCAGCAAGAUACCGAGCUGAAGUUAGCCCUAGCUGAUGCUUACGAGACGGACGAGGAGUUCAUCAGCUCGGCCAAAACGCUUCAAACCAUCACACUCGAGUCAUCUCAGCGCACUGUCAGCGACGAUGACAAGGCGAAAGUCUGGAUGCGCAUAUGUCGCUGCUACUUGGAAGAGGACGAUCCAACCAACGCACUCACAUAUCUGAACAAGAUCAAGCAGAUCAUCUACACCGUUACCGAUCAGACCACUCGCUUGUCAUUCCAGCUAUCGCAAGCUCGCAUCAGUGACUCCCAACGCAGCUUCCUGGACGCCUCCGCAGCGUACCUACAGCUUUCGAACGAGACUGUUGUGGACGAGGAGGAGCGCCAGCAAUCGCUUUCUGCCGCCAUUACUUGUGCUGUCCUCGCCCCAGCUGGCCCCCAACGUGGCAAACAGCUUGCGAAGCUUUACAAGGAUGAGCGUGCAGCUGAGACGGCGGAGUAUGGCAUCCUCGAGAACAUCUUCCUCGACCGUCUUCUCUCCCCGCCAGAGGUCGCCGCUUUCGCCGCCAACCUUGCCGAGCACCAGCUUGCUAAGACCUCCGAUGGCAGUACUGUGCUGGACAAGGCUGUGCUCGAACACAAUCUUCUCGCAGUCUCACGAAUCUACGCCAACAUCUCAUUUGAGAGCUUGGGCAAGCUUCUCGGUGUCGACGCAGACAAAGCUGAGAUGUACGCUUCGACCAUGAUAGAGAGUAAGCGUCUCUCGGGCUCCAAUGACCAGAUUGCGGGCAUCAUCCACUUCAACACAAAGGGAGGGCAGGACAGCAUCAAGCUCGACCUGCGAGCAUGGGACGCAAACGUCCAAGGGCUAGCAGAGGAAGUCGAAAAGGUGACCACACUUUUGCAGCGUGAGGAGCCCGUUUGGUAUGAACAACAAGUCUCGGCUUGA